UAACCCGUUCCAACUCUGUCCGCCGCUCAGCUCGUUGGCUCUCUAUAGGAAUCGAAUCGAAUCACCUAGUAUAACAGCAGCAGUAGCAUCGUAUCAUCGUACCAUCGUAUCACCGUAUCAUCGGGUCGGUAGCCCGUCUGUUCCCUGGUUCCGUUCAGUUCAGCUCAGCCAUCACCGAAAGUUGGCGUCGCAGUCGCAGUUGCCGUCGCCGUCAGCGCCCAAAACCAACCACCGCCACACACCUCCGCAACGCCAGCGACAUCCUCUCCACCACCGCUUGUAGCAACAUCAGCAGCAGCAGCAGGAGCCAGAACGCCAGAGCCCCAGAACACUCUCUCACACACUCUCCACUCACUCACGAAUUUCAAUAUCCAAAUCAAAGUCGGGUUCAAAUCGAAAACAGCCGCAACAGCAGCAACAACGCCUCGCAAGCAGCACGCGGAUAAUGAUAAAAAGAAAAUAACACGCGCAGUUCGCAUCCAGUGCCCGACUUGAACAGAUCACAUCAGUCCAGAUCCAGAUCCAGAUCCAGUCCCCGAGAAUAUUAUAAUCGAAGCUUCACAAUCACAAAUUGAAAAGUAAAAUCGAAUCGACUUCCGGCUUCGUGGUGUUUUCACUUUUUGCGCGUGUGAAUCAAAUUAAAAGUCCCAACCAAAAACUCGACUCUAAUUUUCAUUUCCCAGUGUCUCUAUCGCACCUUGCGCUCUCUAAAAUAGCCAUAAUUACAAGAUCCGCAACAACAGCAAUAAAACCUAACAAAAAUAUUGAUUGAAAAUAAAAUCAAGAGAAUCCACCACAACAAAUAAAAACUUCACUUCUCAUCCAACUUCAACGACUCUGACUCGACACUUAAUUGCAUUCAGAAACCGACAUAGAAAUGCCUGACAAGUCCCAGCAUAUAUGAAAUAAAUCCAGAGCUAAAAGCAACAAAACUCCAAACGAACUCCCUGGUAUUUUUCUAAGCCCCAACCGAUCCCCAUCCGAAAUCCGCCCCGCCCAAAAACCCAUCAGCCAUCAAAGCACUACCGAGCAGAAUCCACUAAAAAUCAAAUCUGAAGAAAACAAAAUAAUAUCAAAUUAAAAUCAUACAGAAAGGCACAAAACAAGAAACAGGCAAAAAGUGGUGAAUUGUUGCUAAAUCAAAAGAAUUUCAGUCGGUACAGAACAGUAUUUUAAAUUAUAUAUACGAACUAAGUGUAAUCAAAGUUUUGCAAAAGAUAUUUACAAAAAUCAAGAUCCUGUUGAGACAUACACGAGAGAAUUGUGAAUUUUAUAGAAAUUUAUAUAUCAAUAUAUAUCUAUAUAUUUGUAUGUUCGGUUGUUAAUUUUGAGCGUAAUUUAAAGGGGCAUUUGAACGCUGAUAAGUGGUGGGGGAAAUCAAUUAAAAAAGGUGACCACAAAGGGCAAAUUAGCAAGAACAAGAAAUAAUAAAGGUGAUAGGCAGGAAGGUUGAAGAAAACGACGACAGAGAAGCGAGAGAAUGCAAAGGUUGUUAAAUUGAAAAUUAAGUAUAAAUAUUUACAAGGAGAGAAAUAAACCCGUUAAAUAGAAACAUAUCAGCAUCAAAGUACGGCAAGCAAACAAUUAGAAGGCAAGCGAAAGAGGCCGCGGAAGAUGAGAAAAAUUAAACAGAAGUAGAAGGAAUAGUUGUAUAAAUAUUGAUGCUACUAAACAAUCAAACCAACCCCAGAUUACCCUGCAAAUAAAGCAAAGUAGCCAAUUUUGAAUAGCUAAAUCUCUGUCUUUGCACACUGACGAAAUAUCGGUUGUAGGAAGGCGUAGGCAAAGUCAAUUUGUAAUUCGUAAGCAAGCAACGUCAAUCAGAGACCCACUCAAUCUCAAUCACUCUCAAUCGACAUUUUAAUGUAACCACAGCCAGAUUUUCCUAGCUUUGUCUCUAGCAUACAGUAAGGGGUUAACGUUUUUAAGGGAAUAGGGUUAAAGUGGGAUCGCCGGGUCUAAUCAAUGCCUCGAUCGACAAGAAAUCGCGUUUUGACAAUCACACGAAAUUAGCGUAUUUCAUAUACACAUCAGAUAUAUCGCCUUCGCGCGUAAUAUAGGAUUUAUAUACAUCUUCUCUACAGCAUAUAUUUAUAAAAAACUUUUGCUAGCCUUGGCACUUUACAGGUCUUAAAUCGAACCUCUAUUCUAUGACAAUCUCUAAGACAACCACUCUCCUCUAGAAAACUUCGAGGCUUAAGAACAAUUAUAGCGGUCUAUACAAUCUACAAUCAUCUUGCAAUCAAUCAGAACUUUAAACAAUCUUCAAACGGUUUUCAAAUCUCUAAACACAUAUUUAUACACAUCUAAGCUAUUAGUCAGACACAGUAGUGAUAUAUUAGCAUAUUAACAUUUUUAAAAAAUAGUUUAAAAUACGCUCAAAAUCAGAUAAAUCGUAGUAGUCGUAAAACUAAACUUGUUAGCUGUUUUCUUGUCCAUCGACUAAGUGUAGCAACAAUUUGCGUAAAGCUUUACGUCACACAAUUGGCAUAGCUGACAUCGAAAACUUAUUCAAUUGGCAUUAUAGUAUAUCAGUAAGCAGAGCUCAUAUAUUCACCAAAAAACACGCAAAUCAACAAACCCUGUGCAAUUUCCCCAUCAACCAAACCCGUCAAGAAAAUACCAAAAAAACCGAAAGUCUUACACUCAAAACGCGCCAAACAGUAAAAACUCUCGAGAAACAACCAAGUGCUAAAAACAGAAGCGGAGGAAAUUUUAAUCAACAUUUGUUGCCAAUAAAACUGUCAUCAUUGCCGCGUUAACAGAAACCACGGCGUCAGCAGCGAUUGCAGCGCUCAGUAUCAGCAGCAGCUCUCAAGCGUCGCUAGCCGCCAACGCCCCCGUCACGCCCACACCCAUCACGCCCACACCGCCGCCCACUUCGUCAGUGGCAGGAGCAGCAGCAACGGUAAAGAGCGAGAUCGUUGCAUCCGAUUCGGCCGAGUCCUCCCCUAUACAAGAUUUAAUAAUGCGCGGAAGCGACGAACUUUUGAGUCAAGCAGCAGUCAUGGCGCCCGCUUCCGACAAUAACAAUCAGGACCUGGCCACAAAGAAGGCCAAGCUGGAGCCGGGCACCGUGCUGGCCGGCGGAAUUGCCAAGGCCUCCAAAGUCAUCCACUUGCGCAACAUUCCAAACGAGUCCGGCGAGUCGGAUGUGAUUGCCCUGGGCAUUCCGUUCGGACGUGUGACCAACGUGCUGGUGCUCAAGGGCAAGAACCAGGCGUUCAUAGAGAUGGCCGACGAGAUCUCCGCCACGUCGAUGGUGUCCUGCUACACAGUCAAUCCGCCCCAGAUGCGCGGCCGCAUGGUAUAUGUGCAGUUCUCCAACCAUCGCGAGCUGAAGACGGACCAGAGUCACAACAACUCGGUUGUCCAGAGCGACUACCGCAUCCAGUCCCCGGCGGGCGGAUCGCCCCUGCCCCUCUGCGCCGCCGCCAACGCGACCAGCAACAAUGCCAACAGCUCCGGCGACAGCAACAGCAGUGCCGUGGGCAUCUUGCAGAACAACACGAGCGCAGUGAACGCGGCCGGAAACAACACGAAUUCGGCCGGAGGACCCAACACGGUGCUCCGUGUGAUCGUGGAGUCGCUGAUGUACCCCGUCUCGCUGGACAUUCUGCACCAGAUUUUCCAGCGCUACGGCAAGGUGCUGAAGAUCGUCACCUUCACGAAGAACAAUUCAUUCCAGGCGCUGAUCCAAUAUCCGGACGCCAACUCCGCCCAGCACGCCAAGUCGCUCCUGGACGGCCAGAACAUAUACAACGGCUGCUGCACGCUGCGCAUUGACAACAGCAAACUGACGGCGCUGAAUGUGAAGUACAACAACGACAAGUCUCGGGACUUCACGAACCCCGCGCUGCCGCCAGGUGAACCGGGGGUGGACCUCAUGCCCACCGCCGGAGGACUGAUGAACACCAACGAUCUGCUACUGAUCGCCGCCCGGCAGCGGCCUUCUCUCACAGGUGAUAAAAUAGUCAACGGCCUGGGCGCCCCGGGAGUCCUGCCGCCCUUCGCCCUGGGCCUGGGCACUCCGCUGACCGGCGGGUACAGCAACGCCCUGCCCAACUUGGCCGCCUUCUCGCUGGCCAACAGCGGCGCCCUGCAGACAGCCGCUCCCGCUAUGCGCGGAUACUCGAAUGUUCUGCUCGUCUCGAAUUUAAAUGAGGAGAUGGUCACGCCUGAUGCUCUCUUUACCCUCUUUGGUGUAUACGGCGAUGUGCAACGUGUAAAGAUUCUGUACAACAAGAAGGACUCGGCACUCAUUCAGAUGGCGGAGCCCCAGCAAGCUUAUUUGGCCAUGUCUCACCUUGAUAAAUUACGUUUAUGGGGCAAGCCGAUACGUGUGAUGGCCAGCAAACACCAGGCCGUGCAGUUGCCCAAGGAGGGACAGCCGGACGCCGGACUCACACGUGACUACUCGCAGAACCCGUUGCACCGCUUCAAGAAGCCGGGCAGCAAGAACUACCAGAACAUUUAUCCGCCAUCGGCGACACUGCAUUUAAGCAACAUUCCCUCAUCCUGCUCUGAGGAUGACAUCAAAGAAGCCUUCACCUCAAACAGCUUCGAAGUCAAAGCAUUCAAAUUUUUCCCGAAGGACCGCAAAAUGGCGCUGCUGCAGCUGUCGUCCGUGGAGGAGGCCGUUCUGGCGCUGAUCAAGAUGCACAACCACCAACUGUCCGAGUCUAACCAUCUGCGCGUGAGCUUCUCCAAGUCGAACAUCUAGAAUCCGAUCCGAAGUCAGGUUUACUGAACCUGACUGGGUGCCUCCGGCGGGUACAGCUACAUGCAGAUGCACCAGCAACACCUACAGGUCUAUUGGCAGCAACAGAUACAAACUAUAAUCCGUAGUACAAGAAGAAUGCACGCAAACUUCUACUGAAAAGGCAGACGCCAGAAGCACCACCCACCCAAUCCAACAGAACAACCAGCGGCAACAAUCGAUGCAUGAGCUAUACCAAUUUUAAUCAGAGCAACUCACUCUAGGAACUGUUUCUGUUUUAUACCCCACCCCUGCGGUGGAACAGAACAAAAACAAACGAGGAGUCUUACUAAAUUGAUAAACAAAAAGUCAACUAAAAAUAAAUAUAACUUCAAAUUUACGCGAAAAUAGCAUUUCAACUUACGGCGCACGCAGACAACAAAGCAAGCAAACCACAAACAAAACAACCCACUAAACAAUCAGCAACAUCGUAACUUAAGCAUAACUUUAAAACUAUAGUUCUUAAGAAAAUUGCAUUGCAUAACAAAAACAAAAGAAAACAAAAAGUAUAAAGAGUAGACAGAGAAAAGUAUGUUUAAUGUGAAGAGAAGAUCGUAAAUUAGAAAUAUUUUUAGUGCACUGUACUGUGUUUUGGUUUUAAAAAACGACAGAAAGUCAAGAACAAACUGAAGAGAGAAAUUAUGUUAAAAAUGAAUUAAGGCAAAGUUUUAUUAUGUACAUGAUGCUGUUAUUAUAUUUUAAAUGGAUGCAACUUAACUUUAAUUUUUUACAAGUGUGCAACUUCAAUCGAAGCAAUCGCAUACACGUAGCUCGUAAAUGUUUUCAUUUUGCUAGACUUAAAAAGAAAGGAAGGAUUUAGAGAGACGGUCCCGAAUAGCACACCGAGUCCUAAGCACAUUGAAGUAAAGCGAGGCGAUGUGAAAUAACGUUAAAUGGAAUUUAAGAAGAUUGUAUUAAAUUUAAUAACCUAAAUAAAUCGAGAACUUGGACACUGCGGAGAUAUAUACUUGGGACGUCCGUUUGUUUAGAACUACGGGAGAGUAAUAAUUUUAAAGGCAGUUAAAUCAACGCGUACGUAAACCCUUUGUGUGUAUGUAUAUGUAAAUGUUGUUAAGCUAGCGCAAAUUAUACACAAACGAUCAAAUAUACAUAUGAAUAAGUAUGUAUUGAACUACAACAAACCAUGAAACAGGAAAUUAAACAAAUUUUAAGCUACAAAAGUAUAAUCUUAAAAAAGAAAUCAAAACAGAAGGUAAUUAUAUUUAAUCAUAGACAUACUGGUAACGAAAGACAUAUACGUGUUUUAGCAACAAAACUGAAUGAUUUUUUGAUAAUUUUACAAGAACCCACAACGGACACCACACAAAAACACACGCGACAUACACACACUCACAGAAGCGAACAAAUACAGACAAAUAUGAAAGUUUAUAUAUAUUUAGAAAGUGAAAUUAUUUAUACGUUGGAGCAAAGAACAAACAAAAUGAGAAAAAACUAAUAAAAAGCAAAAAACACAAAAUGGUUAAAAAAUCAACUAAUUGUAACUUACAUGAUAUGGAUUUAGAUUGUAAGCAUGAGUAGCAGUGAUCGUAAUUUAAAAUUAAAAGAAACACAAACACAAAGGAAACAAGUAAUUCACAAUACAAAAUCCACAAGAAUGGUAAAAUUAAAUGAAUAUAUUUAAACGAAAAACGUGUACGAAAAGCAACAGUAAAAUAUUGUAAAAUGUAAAAUUUAUGGAAGUACUAUAUUUACAGUUAUCAAACAAUCGCGCAGGCAAUACAGAAAUAUGGUCAAAAGGGGCAAUAUGAACGAGAAAAGGUUGACGAAAACCUACCUACAUUUUCCAUGUAACACAGAAAGCUUACCAAACGUUUUUGAGCCAACUCUAGCGUUUCAUAUACAUACUGCAACUAGCUAUCUAACUAACCUUAACCUUAAACCUAUUUAUCAUACUUACAUAUGCUCUAUGUCUAUGUCUACUACUUAUAUAUACACUAUAUACACGUUUUGUUAGCGCAUCGAAGCAAAGUAAAGCGAUAUGAUAUACGUCUAUAUCAGACCCACGACUGCUAGAAUUUCAAACGAGAACUCUUGACAAAUCAAAAUUUCAUAAAAGUAUUUAGCGAACUUAACUCUACAACUGCAUUCAACCGAGGCAACCCAGACUAUGAAAAACAAAAGCGAUUGCACACCCUCACACCAUCAACUUAAACUAAACAAUCAGCAAAGGUUAAGACGGGAAUCAGGACGAUGUCCUUGCUGUUCGUUGGUAUGCAGCGUUCAAAGAGUAAUCAAAUAUUUAGCCCAACGAUAAUAUAGAUACAAUGGCGCUACUGCGUGUAAAUGUUGAUAGUGAACACGACACCGAGCAGCAUACGAAUUAAUAGAACUAAUGCCGAACACAAAAUACAGAUACCUAUUACGAAUAUACAUUAAAUUCAGAUAUCAGUAAAAGUACAGUAAAGAAAGGCGAUGGCGAGGAGUCGGAUGCGCAGAGUAGACAAUGCAGCUAAUUGACAAACAGUACACUAAAAAGUAUUACUUUACCAAGUAGAGAAACAAAUAACGAUUAAUUUACAAUUUAAUUGAAAUCCCGAAAUUGAGAGCCUGCAAAAAAGAGGAGGAAUGAAUGAAGGAAGCAACCGGUGCGUUGCAUUGGGCCAAGUCAAACUGUCGAACUGAAAGUGAUCUUGUUCGGCGGAAGCGCAGGACAAAGUAAUCAAAGUAACAGAAUUGCAUAACUUAGUGAUGGAGUCUUACAGAAACCAACAGUUUUAAGUUGUACAUUACUAGUUGCAAGAAGAGAUAUUACCAAAAUGCAAAGUGAAACAUAAAUCGAAGACUAAUCGUGAAUUACAUAUAUACAAGAGGAGCACAUUUUCGAAUGUUGUGGGCCUUGUGUGCCAUGAGGCGACAUUACCCACGCAGGCUUACAUGUGUGCUACUUUUACAGUUAGAAGAAACCAGAUAUAUAUGUGUAUGUACUAUAUGUAAUUGUAGCUAUAACUAUACAUUAAUGUGUCGAUGAAAAUGCAGCAAUUUAUUAGAGAAAUAGCGAUUGAGUCAACAUGGAACGCAGUCAGAGAGUUAAAACUAAACACGAACUACAAUCAAAUCAACUUAGAAAAGAGAAACAAAAUCAGUUUUGAGUUACGGAACCACAUGCGCAACAUAUACGACAUGAACAGAAACAUAUCAGCAUUGUUUGACACAUGAGUAGUUUAUUUAGACCCCCAACUUUGUUCUCCAGAUCACCUCAUUUGCUUGAGUUCCGCCUUGUUCGAGACCGCCUCUGUUCAGUAUAGUCCAAGUACACACACAGGGUUGUUAGAAUAAAAUGAAAGAAAGAUGGGAAGUGAUCCCGAUAGAAAGCGAAUAUUACGCAUACACUUAGAGCAGCGCAUGCUACAAAUUGUUAGUUCGGCAAAAGUCUAAAAAAACGUAUUUAAGAAGUAAAGAAGCGCUGAAGUCAUAGAUGGAAGCAUAGGGAAUUUGUUCAGAGUUUUUGAAGAGACAGGCGAUAAGACAUAAUAAAGUUGAGAUGCAUAUACUAAUUUGUACAGUUUACCAGUUUGUGUUAAAUGUUUUUUUAAACAAUUCGAUGUGGUUUUUAGAGAGGUCAAAAAGCGCAAAUCAAAAAACGUUGUUACGUUUAUGGUUUUGUUUAUUUGGUUUGUUCAAUUAGACAAACGUAUAAAACUGAUAUACAAUACAUUACCUUUACUUAUAGUUAGCUAAAUCUGUAUGUGUUUUACAUGAUGCUUUUAACCGAAUUGUUUUUCACAGCAUUUGAAUUGCGUUUUUGAGAUACACAGUACAGAAUAAAAGUUGACAACAGGCAGAAGUUCCUACUUUUUAGUAAAAACGAUUAAUAGUUAAAACAUAACUAACAGAAAUAACUUGCAGCAGAGAAUUUAAUACCGAUACACAUAAAACAAAAACGAUUUUAAUUCGAUUGUCUUCGCCAUUGCCACUUUCCUUUAGCGCUUGCUUUUAUUAAAGGUUUGAUUUCCUUGGUCUGUCUAAUACUUGUGAAUAUAUGGUGCGGUUUUUCAUAGGUCAGGCAUUAUUGCAAAAUUUAAAUAGGGGCCAAGUUUUAAAUAUUAACAAUUAAAACCUAACAAUGGUAUGACUAAAGUAAAGAGGGAUCCUGGCAUUGGCCAGUUGCCUAUUUGUGUUAUUGGUACCCACUCUUCAGGAGGAAUUUUUAAGAAAAAAAUAAUGUCAGUCACCGCUUACUUUCCGGCAUCAGCUACUGUGAAUCGUUGCAAGUGAGAAAGCUUAGCAUUCUGCCCUUGACUCUUAACUGCUUUACAAACCCAACUGCGAAUAGACACACGCGAAACAAUCAACAUUUCUAAAAUCAAACUUUUAGUAUACACCAAGCAAGAACACUUUGAAACUUUUGUGCUCUCUAAUUGUACAACUAAUGGUAAUACGACAAAAUAAUCAUUUUAUGCUCUAAAUGAAAAAAAAGUAAAACUAAACGGCGAUGUUUACGUAUUGCAAGAUUUUUCUCACCAAAUUUUACUACAAAUCUCUUAUGUGUAUUGUAUAUAAAAA